CCUUUGACGAAACAUCUGUGAAAAAAAAACAUUUGUACAAACAUCCCGGAAACGACUAGGUUGUGUUGCAGAUCGUUUUAUUUUCAUUUUAAGGUACAAUUUGAGUUUUUUGUAAGUACAGUGGCAGUGAAAAUGAGUGAAUGUUACGCGAGUUUGUAGGAUUUAAAUUGAAUCAACCUUAGUGUUCAUGAUAACUUAAAUAACAAACAUCAAAAGCAGCAUAGAGUUGUCGGGGGUUUUGUGUCAACAACUUACGAGGUUUAAAGUGUCUAGUGAAAAUUGUGAAAAUGGCUGAGAAUAAAGGUAUUUUAUUAGCCAAAUCGAUGCAAAAGCAUGCUGGAAGGGCGAAGGAAAAGCUACUCCAAAAUCUUGGCAAAGUCGAUCGUACAGGGGAUGAAAUAUUUGACGAACAUUUAACGAAUUUCAAUCGCCAGCACACUUGUGCGAUAAGGUUACAAAAAGAAUUCAGCAAUUACAUCAGAUGCAUUCGUGCCGUACAAAGUGCUUCGAAAAGUUUAAUGGAUGCCAUAGCUGAAGUGUAUGAAAGCCAGUGGACAGGCUCAGAGGCUUUAUAUGCUCAGACGAAAUCAAUUGAUACACAAUUCCAACAUUUUUCGUAUAAGCUUGCUGAUCAAGUUCUAAAGCAAUUAGAUACAUAUGCAAUGCAAUUUCCAGAAAUGAAGAAAAAAAUCGAUAAGCGAGGACGCAAACUAGUUGAUUAUGACAGCCAAAGGCAUUCGUUCCAAAGUCUUCAAGCUAACGCUGCCAAACGCAAGGAUGACAUCAAGGUUACAAAAGGUCGCGAGCAACUAGAAGAGGCUAAAAGCACAUACGAAAUUUUAAACUCCGAGUUGCAUGAUGAGUUACCGGCUCUAUUCGACUCUAGAAUAUUAUUUUUGGUGACGAAUUUGCAAACAUUGUUCGCUUGCGAACAACAGUUUCACAGUGAAACAUCUAAGGUUUACGCUGAACUAGAGGCAAUAGUCGAUAAAUUGGCUACAGAAUCACAGCGCGGUUCUUACACAUUGAAAAAAAUCAAUGUGAUUUCAAAUCCUACAAGCCCUACCCAAUCACCAAUAAAAACAAACUUAUCGAUUGUGAACACUGUCAUCAAUGGUUCGGCAAAUCCCAAUGGCCAAGAUAAUUUACAAAAUGCACAAAUGCCAGAACCUGCUGUGUCCCCGGAAGAUGAAGAACCUUCCUAUCAGAACACAGAUGCCAUAAAAGCGGUUACCGCAACCACAAUCUCAUCGAAUUUGAAUAAGAAAUCAAAUGACAAUAGUAGCAGUAAAGAGACUACGAAUGAGAUCGAAAUGAAAGAGAGCGGAUCUUCAGAGGAUGCGGAUCCAUCGACGCUAGCCGGAUCACAACAAACUUUUCUAUCAAACGGUAUGGCUUAUCUCCAUCAGUCACAUUCUAAUCAACAAGAAGGCGAUUCGCCUCAACCUAUCGCAGUGAUAAACUCCCAAAUGUUCAUGGACGAUGCUUUAGAAAUCACCCAAUCGCCUUCGACUGAUAUGAGCUCUUCAAAAGGUAUCUGUAAACCGCCAAAUAUUGUUGAUGAGGGUAUUGCUGAAAUUACGAGUAGCCCCCCAAGAGAGGUUGAUCAUCCCACAUCGCCAAUCGCUCCCUCCACGGCUAUUUCACAAACAACCCAACACAUUUGCAGUUCUAACUAUUUAACCGGUGAUGAUCCGCACAUACUGGCUGGUGUACUCGCUGCUCCUGAUACAUUCUUUAAAGAACAUUGUCCCUUUGUAACGUCUUCAAUAUUUCAUCGUCAUGCAACUAAUGCAACUAACCAGAAUACCAAUGUCCACAAUAACAACGCCAUGUCUAAGAAUCCAUCAUCAUUGAAUGUACACGACCAUCAACUGCACUAUUCUAGCCUGAAUAAUAACAGUAAGCUGUAUUAUAACGCUCCAGUCGGUGCUACGACUACCGAUUUACCACCAGGAGUUUUAUAUCGCGUUAAAGCGACGUAUAAAUAUGUUCGUGAGGAUGUUGAUGAACUAAGCUUUGAUGUGGGCGAUAUUAUUGACGUGGUCGAAUAUGAAGAUCCAGAAGAUCAGGAGGAAGGUUGGUUGAUGGGAUCGAAAGCAGGCACAAACGAAAAGGGUAUGUUCCCUGCAAACUUUACCCGGCCAUUGUAAAAUUAUCCCGCAAAGCAGUGUCGAUUCCCUUCGAACGAAAUUUGGAUAACAAAUGGUAACGCAAAUCUCUGCUUAGUGAUUUCGGGGCAACCUUCAACAAAGCAGCAAUGUUUACAUAUAAUGAAAGAAAAAAAGGCAGAACUCACAACCCUUCCUCCGAUCCACGGCGUUCAAUGAUUCGGCAGCUAGUAGCAGCAUUAGAAUAUGCACCUUCAUUAUUGUUUUACAGCAUUCUUAGGUUCCAAAACAUGUUUUACAAUUGGACAGAAAUUUUAACAAUUUUACAAUUAUUGGACGUCUUGUACGACGCAUAAUUUCGUUUCCGAUUUUAUUUUCAUGUUAUUUCAUUUACAAUAAUGUCACCAUUCUUUUAUUAGGUAGCAUGAAACCCCUCCAAAUCAAUAUUAUCAUUCGAGUAUAUUGUGGAUAUUCACAAAUAUUAAAAAAAACAACCUGUGCCUUUAAAAUAGAACGCAUCUAACUGGAUGUGAGAGAAGUUACUAACGUAUUUCUAUAUUUGACUUAGCUGUUAUCAUCGUGCCUAUGAAUUAUCAAUAUCAAGCAUUUUUCAUUUGGAUAAUACAUAUAUUAUCUAGUUUUAUGAUGAACAGAAUUGUUAACAAAGCCUGCUUAUGGUUUAAUCGGUCUAUUGCAUUGACAUUUGGGAAUGUUUUUUGCUUUGGUGUUUAAUAUUUAUAACUUUUAGAUGGUCAAACAGAGACAGCAUUCGUCAAACAGCGAUAGCAAACAAUCUACAUGGUAUAUAGAAUGAAUUAAUAAUAAAAAUGUUUUUGACUUUU